AUCGAGACAUGUCAUUUUAUACAAAAAAAAAAGUUUUACACAGAAUUCAAUGUGUCUCUUAGUAAAUGUUCAAACGAAAAUAGAUUUUCUCUAGAAUGCCGAUCGGAAUAGUAUGAUUAUUUACCACGCGAAAAUGUGCAAAUUGUAAUUAUUACGAAUGUGAACAGCCAAAUCGGUCCAAUCAAUAUGUGAAUUUGGGAGAGAGAAAAAAACUGGACAAAAAUUUUUUUGACGCCAUCUUAGAUCAGUUUUUUUUGUAAAUAACAUUUUAUUUGACCCAAUUAUCGCGAUUGUGCUCCCAAUAAAUGUUAAUAUUAAAACACAAAUAAUGAAAAACGUAAUUGUGCUAAUAGAACGACAAUAAAACUGCGGUGACAAAAGUAUGCUACAAGUUUGUGUAUUCGGAACAGUUUCGACAGCCGACGACCAAAACUUCAAAAUCGACUUAGUUUUGCAUUUCUUUUCUUAAACCAAAAUAUUACGAAAUGUCUUCAGCAUGAACAACAAAGAUGAAAUUUCGAACAAAACCGAUUCAGACUCUUCCGAUACAUCGGAUUCAGAGGAGGCUUCGGAGUCAUCAUCUGAAAGCAGUAGCAGUUCCAGUCACGAUGAUUCGUCCAAGAAGAAGAAGGUGCCUCAGACACAACAGUUUAGUGUUAUGCGUUCCGAUACGGGCGGUCUUCGAAUGAAAAUAUCGGCUGUUCCUGCAACGUCAACGCACUCGAACAAUAAUAACGAGUCCAGUAAGCAUGUGAAUGCUUCCAACAAAAAUCAUAAAUACCACAAAAAACAGUCCGUCGGCCACAAGCAGAAGCGUCGCGAAAAUGACUCCAGUUCGUCGUGUUGCUCUGAAUGUUCGGAUUCUGGCAGUGAUUCCAGUUCGGCCACAAAUAAUCACACAACAAAACGAUCGAACAAAUCAUCGAACUUCAAACGGACAACGACCAGUUCCGAUUCGGACUCUAGCGAUGACGUUGAUUCGGAUGAUGGAUCGAGAUUUUCGAAAAUCAAUUUGACUUCGGGUCGACCGAAUGUGAAAGCGAAUAGUAAAGUGAACCAGGCGACAGAUGCUGCAGACGGUGCCAGUUCAAGUGAUAUGGAACUGCCGGCUUUGGUCAGUGCUGCCAUUCAACGAGUGGAAAGUUUUUCGGAUGGUGAAAAUUCGAAAACCGAUCCGAUUCCACAGUAUACGUCAACGCUGCUACGAGAUUUUAUGGUGAAAACGCAAAUGAUGGGAUCCACGUUUGCAACGGCAGGAUCUGCAGCAAGUGACAAAAAAGAAAAUCGUCAAUUCGAUGGCAGUCGAUGGCAAAACUGCAGCAAAGAUAUUAAGACUGAAUCUCCGCAAUUGUCCGAAUCGGUGCCACCGAAACGAAAGCGGGGUCGCCCAAAAAAACAAGUGCCAUUGGUGGUGAAUGUCGGCUUAGCUACAACUACCAGCGAAUCACCAGAUUCCGGAAUAACAUCGACGCCACACAGUCCUGUACUAACGAGUGUUGAAAGUGGAAGCAAAGCGUCACAUAAUCAACGCAACAAACCGCAGCCGAAAAAAUUAGAAUCCUCAACGUCGAUGCCUAAGCUGAACAUAACAAGUUUGGAGAAAAGUAUUUACGCCACCGAACGGGUUCUGUAUCCACCGAGACGGAAGAAGCGCGAUGUCAGCGUUUCAUCGGCACCGAAGCCAGUAUUAUCGGAAGAUUUGCUAGACCCGGUGUGGCGAAAGAUCGAUAUUAAUAAGAAGUUUCGUCGGCCCAGCGUUAGUGGGUACAAAAGUGAUGGUGGAUGUAGCACAGUUUGCAGCAAAGUGUUAGUAGCCCGAUGUAAUAACGUUAGUGGUGAUUACGGUGGUGUGAGCCAGCGAUCGUUGUCGGGCUACAAAAGUGAUUACAGUUGUAAAAGCAAACGCAGUGGCUACAAGAGUGACUAUAGUGUAAAGGCGAAAAGUUGCGGUUAUCGCACCGACAGUGGCAUGAAGAAUAGGAAACGCGUCCGGAAGAAACGACGACUCAAAUCUCUGUGCUCAAAGUCACCGGUAAAUGAUCUUGACAUUUUACAACUGGCAGGCUUGAGCCUUGGCCAAAGUGAGGAUAGUAGUCGUGAUUCGUUGAACCGAUCCAGUAGCAACCUGUUGUCUAAAUCGAAUUUUCGCAAGAAGAACAAAAACACAAUUUUGGAGCGCAACACAAAGGCCAACACCAGCAAAGACAUUUUGAGUAGUUUGUGCGAACGGGUCACUAAGCGACUGUCUGGAAUGGACGAAACUCCACCACACAAUUCGUCGCCCACUCCGAACAAUAGAUUGAGCAGCAGCUCGGUAAAGAAUUCUACGUCGAGACCAGGAUUGAUAACGUGUCGCCGUAUGUCGACAGUGAGUCAUUGUAGCAGUCGUUCGGGUGGAUCGCGUAUGCAUUCACGACGAAAACAUCGAAAACGAUUCAAGUCACGCUCCAGAUCCGAAACUGUUGACACAAACUCGACGAAACUGAACAUGCAGAUCGAAAUGCUGACCAACUCGUUCACCACGUUGUGUCACAUCAACGACAAAUCCAGCAAAACGGACAAUUCGAAGUCGAAGCGAGUUGUAAAGAAACGAAAACAGUCGGUAAAUUCCGAUGCAGCAAAUGCGUCGACAACAGCAACGACGUCGAAGCGUCGACACAAGAAAGUACCACAAACCCAAAGUCCUGAUGAUCACAAACUGCCGCUGAAAAAGAGACUGUAUCUGUUGACGCCCGGCGAAAAGCUAGACGGAAAACAAAGUGCAGGAGACAGUGACAGUUUACCGGCGACUAGUGCGGCUCACAAAAGCUCUACGAAUACUCAUCAUGCUAAGAUCACAACGAAAGCCAUUACACCAAAAAAACGCCAUCUGCUAGAAAAUCAACAGAACGCCACGGUUUCUUCACCGAAAAGUGUCAACUCACCGAAGCACAUCGAUUUCACAUCAACCGAUUCGACGGCAUCGAUUGUACCGAAUGUUCCGCAGAAAACACACCAUCAGUCCAGAAAGCGAAGCAAACAAGAGGCCACCGGUACGAAAAAUCAAAGUUCGAACGAGCCAACGAUUCCGAAACUGUCCAACGCAUCAACCCGUCCAUCCGUAAUCCGACCGUCAUCAACGUCUUUACCUCCACCUGGUGUAUUUGAGUCCACCAUCGAUCUGGAAGUGCAAAUACCAGCCAUUCCAGCAAUCAUAACCAAAACGGAAAUUGAUUCGCCACGGACAUUCGGCGAAGCGAUUGCAAAAAUCGUUAAAGACGAACCGAAUUCCAAAGCGGAACGAUUUGUCGAAACACUGCUGAACAAAACCGGCGGUCAUUUGCUGUUGCGGAAGAAACGUAAAAAAGCCAAUCGAACCGGAUUCCCCACCGUCCGUAAAAAGAAGAAGAAGGUGGACGAUUGGAGUAACACCGAAACCAAACCGACAGCAGUGCAAAUGGAAGUGGAUUCUGUCCAAAGUACAUCGAUUUCAGCGGAUCAGAAUUCAGCAACGGACGACUGUGAUCGAGUACCGAAAUCGGGUGAAACUGCCGCUACAUUCAUUGAACGAAAUUCGCGUCCUCGAUUGUCGGUAGUGAGUUUAGAGCGCUUACAAGGCAAAGUGUCGAAUGACGAGGAAAUGAGUGCUGCUGAUGCGGUCGGUGAUGCUAAACAAAGUGCUGAUGAAUCGAACGAUGCCACCGUUGGUGUUAAAAGACGACGGAGUGAGGUCAUCGGUCGUGUUAAGCAACACCUGAAGAAAAAUAUUCGCGAACCGAGGGACUUAUCCUCUGAUAAUGAGCCGCUAAUAAAUCUAAUUUCGGCCAAGAAGUCCAACAAUUCCAAGUCAACGGCUAAAGAAAAUGAGACAAAGACAGUGCCACCAACGAACUCUGCAGAAAACGUUCCAACUUCAAGCCGCUAUCGCAGAGUUGUAAGUCUGGAUAAACUGGGUGCCGAUCAAAUCAAAGAAAUCGAAAGAACGUCAAAGUUGGCAAUAGUGAAACUGGAAGUGUUAAAGAGCGAUAAGGCCAGCAUUUCCAGGACACGAUCUCGAUCGGCAAGAAAAUUACCUGAACCGGUCGUUAAGGAAGCGGAAAAAUCGAAGACCAUCGAUAAGCGGAAGGGAAUCAAGAUUCUGACCGCUAGAGAAACUUUGCUGGGAGAGCAGCCACUUGCUGAUAACACAUUGGAAGUGGCAAAAAUGACGAGAAGAUUGACGAGAGAUAUGUCUGCCGAGCUUGCUAAAAGAACACGGCAAGCAGCUAACAUAACGCAGAAUGUAAAAGUUGUGGAAAAUUGCCAUUUAAGGGAGCAGCCUAAAGCCGGAGAAAAAUCUAAAAUCUUAGACAAGUCCAAGGCAACAGACAUUUCCAAGCAUGCGGAUAAAUCGAAAGUGGUUGCCGGUAAAAAGACUACGCAAUCAAAGGUAUUGAGUGACCCAACACUGGCAGACAAUCCAAAAGCAGCAAAAAGUUCAAAAGUCAGUACAGACAAUUCGAAAGUCGUUGCCAAUGCGAUUGUUGAAGAUGUGGUGAAAGGUGAUGCGAAAGUGACCGAAAAAUCCAAGGUAAACGACGUGAACGUAAAAGAUACCGGCAAAGCGAACAAAUCACAAAUUGGCGAUAAAGUGUUAUUGAUUGGUGAGCCUGCUACUGCGACUACUAAUCAGGAUAACAAACCGGUAUGCAUCGCUGAAAAACCUGGCGCCGCGAAAAAGAAUGCAAAAGCUAAAGAUAAGACGACCUCAACAUUAAAGCCUUUGAAAGUCUCCAACAAAAAUGAAGCUGCAACAAAAACUGAUAAGGAUAGCGUUAGUACCGUUGCACCGGAUGACAAUGGAAGUAAAGAUCAGGAUGAGGGUCCACCGAAUUUGGAUCUAGAAGAAUUACUGGUCGAUGUGACCACUAAAAUAUCUAAAACCGGCACCACCGAAGCCCACGGAAAAUCCAAAAGUUCAAAACCAUCUGCUUCCAAGAAGGCCACACAGAUCGAGCCACGAAAAUCAAUCGAUUCGAAGUCCAACUAUCAGUCCGAAUUUGAAAAGUCUCUGACUGAUGUCUUGGCGAAGAAUGUGACGUCGAAAGAAAAUGUCGAUCAGCCUGUGGUGAGUCCGACAAAACCAUCGGAACAUGUUAAGACGCCAGAUUCGGAGGCACCAAAGACAAUUGCCAAACCGACAAAAGGACGCAAACGUAAGCUGAGUGUCUCAUCGCCCAAAGAGAAGGACAGUGAAUGCGCGGUUAGUGACAGUGCAGUCAAAAAACAAAAAGUCACUUCAUCUGAUGCCAAGGCUGAAGAGCAAGUUAAAGUUGCGAACGCAUCUCGUAAAAGUGGAAGUAAGAAACGCAACGCAAAAAUCACCGACAAACCGUUGACCGAGCUUCAACCACAAGUUAUUGACUCAAUGAAUCAGAACAAAUCCAUUGUCCGAAAGACCGAUGCACCCGAAGCGGUAGCUACUAAUAAAAAGUCGCGUAAGGUCAUCAAGCAAGACAAAGUGGAUCUGCUAGACGAAGAGGCAGUCACUUUCGGUGAUGAUUGCGAUGAAAGUAAUGUUCGUCCAUUCGAUCCACUGGUUGACCUGGAACACGAUCCUUUACCGUGCGAUGAAGGUCCGAAAAUUGUGGAGCCGUUAAGCGACAGCGAUUCAUCCAAGAAAGUUACGAAGCCGAAGAAGAAAUAUCUGGUCGCCGGUCUAUUUUCCGACUACUAUAAACGAUCGCCCAAAGCGAAUGACAAAUCUGCGGCACGUGUGAAGGAAACAGUGCCUGAAGAUCAUCGCGUCACACUGCCAAUACCACCAUACUGCGAGAAAUAUUUUCGCAGGACCAUUCAAGACUUUGAACUACCCUACGACUUAUGGUACGCACAUCAAAAUGAGAAACUUCCUGGUCGAAAUUCAGUGCCGAGUUGGAAUUUCAAAAAACUUCGAACAAACAUCUAUGGCGAUGUUCGUGCUAAUCCGUCGACCGACCAACAACCAUGCAGUUGUAAACCAGAAACUGCUUGCGGUGACGAUUGCCUGAAUCGUUUAAUGUACACCGAAUGUUCACCGAAGACCUGUCCUUGUGGCGAUAAAUGUCAAAAUACCAAAAUUCAACGACACAUCGUGGCGCCGGGUGUUGAACGAUUCAUGACGCAAAACAAGGGUUGGGGAGUCCGAACAAAGCAGUUGCUGAAGAAAAGUACUUACCUGUUGGAGUAUGUCGGCGAAGUGGUGACUGAACGAGAAUUCAAAGAACGCAUGGCUACGCUGUACACACGAGACACACAUCAUUAUUGCUUGAAUUUGGACGGAGGUUUGGUCAUCGAUGGCCAUCGAUCCGGUAGUGAUGCACGAUUUGUCAAUCAUUCGUGUUCGCCGAAUUGUGAGAUUCAGAAGUGGUCGGUGAAUGGUCUGUUUCGCAUGGCAUUGUUUACGAUGAGAGACAUUCAACCCGGUGAAGAGCUUACGUAUGACUACAACUUUUCGCUGUUCAAUCCGGCCGAAGGCCAACCGUGUCGCUGUGAGACGCCACAAUGUCGUGGCGUGAUAGGUGGCAAGUCACAGAGGAUUAAACCGAUUGAACCACAGGUGGGACCAAACAGUAAAUCAUCCAACAACAAGGGAAAGACCGGCAGACCAAGAAAGAAUAAAGCCAACAAAAAUCAAUCGUUUAUGCACCACAAAGAUCGUUUACACAUCGCCUUCGUACAUCCAACAUCGAAAGAGUUGCUUCAUAUUAAAAAUGGAAAUUGCUUUUUGAUGCGAAACAUGAGAAAGUAUCGUCAAAAGAAAGUCCCCGUCAGUACUACAGCUCCAGCCACACUAACUGCACAGAUUUCAGCGUUACGAGCUCCUCGUAACAUUCGAACAAGAGGUCUCACCAUUGCCGAACAUGAUCCAACGAUCGAGAAAACGGCAAGAAUCGCUGGUAUUCUGCGCGAAAUUUGUGAGGAGAUCGGAAACUACAAAGAUAAAGGUGGUCAGUAUCUGGUCACCAAGCUAAAUCCGCCAACGAAAAAGAAGUGUCCCGAGUACUAUGAAAAGGUCGAAAAGCCAAUUGAUCUGUCGACCAUUGAAUCGAAUGUCGAAAAGGGUCACUACAAACUGCCCGGUUCAUUCGACGAAGACGUUCUCCGGCUGUUUAGCAACGUUGUCAAAUUCUAUGGCCUUACGUCUCCCGAAGGUUUGGCUGCACAGGAAUUGUUAGGCUUCUACACAACGAAAAAAGAAAAUGUUUACCAGCGCCUGCUGACCAUCAUUGGCGAUUCGCAACUGAUCAAGUCAUUUGUACCGGACAAACCGAAUCAACUCUUGCUGAAUGUUGACCCGAAUGAAGAUAUCAUCCAGUGCAUUUGCGGUUUGUUCAGGGACGAGGGUGUCAUGAUUCAAUGCGCGAAAUGUCUGGUGUGGCAACACACUGAGUGCACCGGUGCCGAUGUUAAUGCCGAGAGUUAUUUGUGCGAACGAUGCGAUAAUCGAACGGUGGAUUUGGAAAUUCCAUUGAACGAGUACACGGACGAGGGCUAUCGAUACUAUUUGACGUUGAUGCGUGGCGACCUGCAGGUGCAUCAAACGGACACCGUUUACGUAUUGCGUGACAUUCCAAUGACGCCAGAUCCGGAUUCAACGGAUUCGACAUCUCCGCCAAAGAAGCACACCUACAAGACGAUCGGCAAGAUUGAGUACACCGAAUGCGAUAUUUUCCGCGUGGAACGGUUGUGGAAGGAUGACGAUGGAAAUCGGUUUGUGUUCGGUCAUCACUAUUUGCGGCCGCACGAAACAUAUCACGAGCCAUCGAGGAAAUUCUAUCAGAACGAGGUGGUCAGAGUGCCAUUGUACGAAAAGGUGCCAAUUGAUUUAGUGAUGGGCCGGUGCUGGGUCCUAGAUCCGACAACGUUCUGCAAAGGCAGACCCGUCGACUGUGAAGAAUCGCAUGUGUACAUUUGUGAACUGAGAAUGGAUAAGGCGGCGAGACUAUUUUCGAAAAUAUCCAAGCAACAGUAUCCGGUCUGCACGAAGUCGUACGCGUUCAACAAAUUCGAACAGAAGCUGAAGAUUUCGCGCAAUUAUUUGCCACAUCACAUUGCCAAUGCCACAUUACCCAAACCGAAGAAGAAGAAGAACGAAGAACAGACCACAGCGCGUAAAAAUUCGACUCCGAUUGUUCAAUUGAUGCCAAUCCCAUCAAAGACGCUGAACGAAAAACGAACUCGUUUGGAGAACCAUCUGUCGAAACUAAUGACCAAAAUGACAUCGCUCAACGAAGAUGUGCAACCGAUCAAUUUGUCAUACCUGUUGACUGGACGUGGCGCUCGUCGGCGUGCGAAUGUGACAACAAAUGUGCCUACCUAGUUACAAAUUGGAGAAUUGGAGUUUUGGUUUAACUUGCGUUAAGUAGCAAAAAAACAGGUCGUACCGUCGUUGACCGUUGAUCCGUUUAAAGAAAUAAUUUUGAUUCUCUCUUCCGUGUGCGAGGAAGUGUAUAAGAUGUUUAUGUGUCGUACUCUUUUAUUCUGUAAAUAAGAAGUUGGAUUAGCGGAUGUAUUUAAUCGCAA